UGGAGGACAUAAACUGGAAUAACAUCGCUGGAGAAUAAUCCAGAAGAUGGCGGUAAUGCAAUGCUCUUGAAUGCAAGCCGCAUUUUAACCUCAAAGAAGAAGAAGAAGUAGUUCAGCGUUUGCUUUCAGUUUUCAAUCAUGACAAGACCAUCACAAUGAUGCAGACACAUCAGCGUUUGUGGAUCAUUUUACCAUGUUUUAUUGCAUUAUUGGCCGUGACCAUUACAUGUGCUCCUGCGGGCUCACUUUUGUUCCUGUGUCUCUGCUCUAUGGCUCUACUAUGGAAGCUAAAGAUCAAGAAUCGCUCCAUAUCGAGUCUUUUGGCUCAGUAUGUGGCUGUGAAAGCAGUGGGCUGGCUGGGGAGUCGCCAGAGAAACAGACUAGAGUCAGACACACGGGACAUUCAUCGCGUUCAGGAGGAAACUCUGCUCCAGCGUCUGCAGAAACACUCCGACACCGUUUACGGCAAGCUCUACCAGUUCAGAUCAAUUAAAGAUACUGAAACAUUUCAACAGCACCAUCCGGUCACGGAUUAUAACCAUUAUGAAAAGUUUGUGGAGCGUGUGGCUAAAGGAGAGCAGAAUGUUUUAAUAUCGGAAAAGCCUCUUAUUCUGGCUAUGACAUCGGGAACAUCUGGAUCCAGCCGUAUGCUUUUGAGCACCAAAGACACCAACACAGAAUUCUUCCUACAGGGGGUGACAAUUUGUCUAGAUGCCAUGAGGCAAGCCUUUCCAGCCACUGACUGUCUCCAGAAAACCCUGAAGCUCUUUUACUCGCCCAUUUUUCGUCAGAGUGAGGCAGGUGUUCCUAUUGGCCCCAACUCCUCAACUCCUGCCUCCUCUAAACACAUGCUGCAUCUGUACACCACGCCAGCACCCGUCUAUCAGGUGGUGAAUGAGAGCGACGCCUUGUAUCUCCAUCUGCUGUUUGGGCUGAAAGACCGCAAUCUUGGCAUGCUGGAAUCCAACUUCUGCUCUACCGUCUUUUAUGCCUUCAAGGCCCUGCAGGAGCGUUGGAAAGAUCUUGUGGUGGAUGUGGAAGUGGGCACGAUCAACUCCGGUCUGAGCCUGAAGGCUGAUGUGCGCCGUGCUCUAGAGAAACUGAUGAAGCCAGAUCCAGAUAGAGCUGCUGAGCUCACAGCCCAGUUUGAGGAAGGCUUUGAGAGGAUCGCACUCAGAAUAUGGCCCCAGUUACACCUGGUUCUGACAGUGGAUUCGGGUUCUAACCAGAUUUAUGGGGAGAUGUUACGGCGGCACUACUGUAAAGAUAUCCCAUUUUACUCCCCUUUCUACGCUGCCACUGAAGGCCUGAUAGGUGUGAACCUGUGGCCUCAGCAGGAGAGCAGACAAUAUCUCCUAUGUCCCCGCUCCAUGUUCUGUGAGUUUAUACCAGAGGAGGAUCUGGAUUCAGAACAGCCCAAAACUCUCCUGAUGGAGCAGCUUCAGGAAGGACAUAACUAUGAGUUGCUGGUCACCAACGCUUCAGGAUUAUUCAGGUAUCGCAUUGGAGAUGUUGUGAAAGUAGUUGGGUUUCAUAACCAGUGUCCCAAAGUGGAGUUUCAGUAUAGGCGUGGUCAGAUGUUGAGCGUGCGUGGUGAGAAAGUGUCUGAAUCACUGUUUUUGGGGGCUCUUAAGAAAGCAGUGACACAGUGGCCGGGAGCCAGACUAAUAGACUACAGCUGCGUUGAGAGUGGCAUUUUAGGCAGUGAAUCUGGAAUAGCUCAGCCGCAUUAUCUUGUGUUUGUUGAGCUAAACGGUGUGAGGAACCUCUCAGAGGAACAAAGAUAUAAGUUAGACCACUGCCUACAGGAGGACUCCGAUAUCUACCGAUCCUUCAGGAUGAAGGGCAGCAUUGGACCAAUGAGAGUUCAGCUCGUUCGUGAGGGAACUUUCCAAGACCUGAAAAAUCGCAUGAUGGCCUUCUCCAGUGCUUCGUCCAACAACUUCAAAAUUCAACGUGUGAUUCGCAGCAGAGAGAUGGCGGACUUUCUACUGCAGAGGGCUUUUUCAUGAGCAUUUCAAUUAGAGAUGAAUGAAGUGUCAUUUUUGGCAAUGUUAAAAUAUUUUCUGCUGUCCUAAUUUUAUAUGCAGAGAUGGUAGGUUGUUAUAUUGAUUCCUUUGAAAAGUGUACCGGUGUGGUAGUAACAUUUUCAAAGCAGAUUUUCAUUUGAGCAUUCAGCCCAGCCAAACACAGGAACAUUGGCUCAACCUUUGGUGCGAGUUUAGGGUGGCACUUUCUGUUUGUCCAAGCAAUGAAAAUCACAAGGAUUGUUUGGAAAAUUUUUUUUAAAGAUCUGCUUGAUGCUGCUGGAGAGAUGGUAUUUAAACCAGGUCAUGGAGGACCCCAAUACUGCACAUUUUGUAUGUUUUCCUUCUUUAGCACACAAUGUUUCUAUAGGUAGUAAUUUAUUCAUGGUAAAUUACUGUAGUGUAGAGUAUGCUUCCUGCCUCAGUUUCCAUUUCCAAAAACCUGAGUAACUUUCAGGCUAUGUUCAUGCUAAUAGUUUGUUCUGACCAAAUGAGACAGUCCAUCAUCAGACUGUAAUGUAAUUGAAAGCUUGUGAAUUAUAAUCUGGUACAAAAAUUGAAAUAUAAUAAUCAUUAUUAUUAUUAGCUCACAAAAUCUAUUUCACUGAUAUCCAAUAUUACCAGUGAUGGAUUUUUUUCUUUUGGACAUUACUUGAAACCACACAAGACCGUAUCAAGUGCAUGCACUGCACAUUGCUACAUUGUUUUUAGGGCUCAAUAGCAGUUCAGCAUUUAUGACUGACAUUGUGAAAUAUUAUAUUACUUUUUUUAGUUUUUAAUGCAGUAUGGAAUGUAUCUGUGGAAUACAAAAUAUUUACUUCUAAUAGUUCAAGCUGUAUUAAAAGUCUUCUAGAGCCAUAUAACUUUGUGUGAGGAACAAACCCUAAUUGAAGUCUAUACAUUUGACCAGUUAUUCUGGUCAAGUUCCAGUUCUUCUGGUCUCAGCCUAGGCUUGGACUUGAAUAAGCUGGUUUCAAACACAUACAAAACCUGAAUGAAGGUGGUCUUGAGGUGGAAGGUGGUAUUCCACCUAUUUUAAACACCUUAGUCUAAUUCUGAAUCACAGCAGUAAGGGAAAGCCAAAUUAAAAAUCAGGUUCCAAAGUAAAUCCAUUUCCAAUCGAUGAUUUAAUAUACUGAUUGUAAACAGAAAAUGUGACCCUAUCAAACAAGGUAAACUAAUAAGCAGGUCAGCUAGCAUACAACUAUUAAAUAAAACAGAAAUUAAUGCACUUAAAUUGUGUACAUAGAGUCUAUUUCUUCAAAAUAAGGUAAACCACAGACCUGGCAAAUGCUGAUGUAAACUGGAAUCUUCUGUAGAACUCAAGAUAUGCUAGAGUUUUCUGAUGAGUAAAGACCUCCUUGGUGAGGCUGUUGGCAAUCACCUGUGUUUUGCUGGACUGCAUGGGGAACAGCUCAACCUACUUGCUUCUUAAUGAAAUAAUUCUUAAUGAUAGGAAGGUAUUGAUUCAACCUUGUUUUUUUUUUUUUGGGAACGGGUCCAUAAGGUCAGUACCCAACAUAUGGUCAGGCUCCACCACCAACGUAGAUUUUAAAUAUCCAUGGAGAUCCAUGUAUUCUUGUAUUUCUGACAGAUUUGGCACAACUUGAAUGGUUACCAAACAUCAUUAUGUGUCGCUGGACUGUCUACAACAUUCGUCAGCUUAAGGUUUUUAAUGGAUCAUUUGGCAUUUCAGCCUUUCUGAUUUCCUCCCAGCUGAUGGGUAGAUUUCUAUUAUCACCUCCUAUACAUAAUCUACAUUAGAGAGAGUCAGGAACAACAUUGAAUUGCCCUUUGCUUUACUAUGGAACCACAGAGAAGGAUAGCCCAUCUCAUCAAAUGGUGAUAACAUCAAGCAUGCAUAAUGAACUGAUCACAGGAACUGCUUUGUGAACAAACACAAAAGGAAAUUGGCUUAUUUACACAAUAAAUUUAAAGAUCUGUAAAGAGUUAAA